AUGCAACAAGAGCAAAAGGCGCCCACAACAGAGGAGAACAAGCAGAACAUCAAUGGUGAUGAAAUUCCAAAACUUUUCCAUAGUGGUAAGGUGGUGAGAGGUCCUAGACACUUGAAACAAAUCAAAAACCAGCAAACAUUGGUGAGGGAGGAAAAGAAAAACCAAUCAUCACUUGAGAAGAUACCAACAGAAAUUACAAGUGAAGAGGAUUAUUGGAGUUUUAGAACAAAUAAAUUGCAACAGCAACGAUCUGAAAGUUCUGCAAAGAAGACAUGUUUGGAUAUUUAUUCCAAUGUAGUUCACAAGUUGAAAGAUGGUAGCGAAAAGGAGAAUGAAAUGCCAUUAGCAUUAGACAAUAGUAAUCGAGGGGUGAAUACUCAAUUAUUCAGUGGAUUAGUAUUUUUCUUCAAUAGCAUACGAGGAAGUGGUCCAAAUUCUCAAUAUAAUCUAGUGAAAUUGGCCUCUGUUCAUGGAGCAACAGUACUACCAAAUCCAUCAAGAAAGAGAAAACUCACUCAUGUCAUUGCUUCCAACUUGCCAAACUCUAAAAUUGAAAGAAUGGAAAACAAGAAACACAUUUCCAAUCUUCAUGUAAAAUAUGUCACUCCUUCAUGGUUGACCGAUUCAAUUACACAAAAUAAGGUACUUUCAGAGGCUUCCUAUCUUCUCACCAAACCUAACUCUCCAUCAACAACUAAAUUCUUUACUAUCAAAAAAUAAUAAUUAUUGUUUUAAUAAUUGAAAUUUUAAGGAUUUCAUAAUAAAAUGAUGGGUUUCCAAU